AAAUCGUCUCAUAAUAUUGAUAUUAAUGAAAUUGUCACAACCAUAAAUGUACCAUUUCCACCAGAUAUAACGACUAAAGACCUACUCGCAAAAUCCGAUCUUCACGGUAGCAAACCUCGAAGAACACCUAAUGCAUUUAUAUCUUACAAAAUGGUACUUCAUCGGGAGCUUAAAUCGCAAGGCUUCAAUUACCCAAUUCCGGUUAUUUCAAGGAUAGCGAGUUUAAAGUGGCAAUAUGAACCAAUGUCUGUUAAAAGUCAUUAUAUGAAGUUGGCAGAUAAAGCUAAACAGGAUUACAGGAGGUCACGUCCAUUUUUUAUUAUGGCUCCUAGUUGUAAAAAUGAAAAAGAAACUGAUCCUCAAAAAGAAGGUCUUGAAGUUGAGAUUGAUAAUUGUAAUGAGAGUACCCACUCGGAUAAUGGAGAACAAGAAUCUUACCAUUAUUUACCUUUUGAACUUGGACAGCAAGAAAUGGAUCUUUUAAACGCAUCUUUUAUUCCAUUUUUUUCAAAUGAAUAUUCUGCAUCCUUAUAUGAAUCUUCUGCACCCUUAAAUGAGUCUUCUGCACCCUUAAAUGGGUCUUCUGUAUUCUUAAAUGGGUUUUUUAUUACAUCCUUAAAUGAGCCUUCUGUAUUAUUGUAUUAUCCUUUAACAUCAAUUUCGAACGACUCUUUACAAAUUUCUAAUUUUUAUCUUAUGGAUCCCAUAUAUUAUAUUACACCGGAUACUAAUAUACCAGAUAAUGCACCAGCUAAUAUUAAUUGUAUUUACACUAG